UUUGUCAAAUUGCCGCAAAGUGCGAUGAAUGAUGGUGAAGUAAAAAUAAAUUGAUAAAUAAAAAUUAUUUUCUAGUGUGUGUGUACAUGUAUGAUUUUUAAAUUACUAUCAAAAAUUGUUCGCCAUGAAUUUGUCGGAAGAAAAUAAUUUUGGUAAUGGCUUAUUAUACGUCGGAUUUAAUCAAGAUCAGGGCUGCUUCGCGUGCGGAACGGAGAAUGGAUUUAGAGUGUUUAACAGUGACCCAUUGAAAGAAAAAGAACGUCAAAAUUUUGCAGAAGGCGGCCUGUCUUACGUAGAAAUGCUAUUUCGUUGUAACUACAUGGCUCUUGUUGGUGGUGGGAAAACGCCCGUGUAUCCACCUAAUAGAGUCAUAAUAUGGGAUGAUUUAAAGAAAGAUUCUGCUAUAUCACUUGAUUUCAACAGCCAUGUCAAAGCUGUAAAACUUAGAAGAGACAGAAUUGUUGUUGUUUUGGAAAAUCUGAUAAAAGUAUACACAUUUACUGCACAACCACAGAUGUUGCAUGUUUUUGAAACAUGUACGAACCCCCGAGGAUUGUGUGUUGUUUGCCCAAAUAGCAAUAAUGCUUUGCUAGCUUACCCAAGCCGCAAAACUGGUCAUGUCCAAUUGGUGGAACUAAGUAGUCAUGCAAGUACCAGUUCUGCUCCAGAAGGUCACCUUAUCACUGCCCACGAGGCUCCACUCAGUUGCCUUGCUCUGAAUGUUGGUGGUACAAGACUCGCCACAGCUUCAACUAAAGGAACACUCAUACGGGUGUUUGAUACCGUCACUGGGCAAAAGCUAGCUGAGCUAAGACGUGGUGCUCAUCAGGCAACUAUAUACUGUAUAAAUUUUAAUCAUACAAGCACAAAUUUAUGUGUAACAUCUGACCAUGGCACAGUGCAUGUGUUCAGUCUCGAAGAUGAGAAACUGAACAAGCAGUCCAGCUUAGCGACUGUCAACUUUUUACCAAAGUACUUCUCUAGUAAUUGGAGCUUCUGCAAAUUCACCAUUCCAAAUGGCCCGCCUUGCAUCUGUGCAUUUGGUGUUGAUAAAAGUUCUAUUAUAGUUAUUUGUGCGGAUGGUUCAUAUUACAAAUAUAAAUUCAAUGAAAAGGGAGAAUGUACCAGGGAUGUGUAUGCCCAGUUUCUGGAAACAUCUGAAGACAGAUAAAUUUCAUAUUUUGGUAUUGAAUGACGGAAUACGGGAAUUAGCUACAAUACGUUAAUUUCCAUAAUGACUUGGCACUGAAGCCUUGCUUUUAAUUUCUCACUCUGAUUAUGCAGAUUGUUCAGUCUUCUAAUAGUUUUUAUUCCGAUUUAAAAAAUAAUACAUUUUAUUUUGUGGAAUUAGAGUGAGAAUUUAUGAAGGAAUUUGCCUGUUGCCUUAAGACCACAGCUUCAUGUCGCUCAUAAAUUUAUUACAACGACAUUGAUUACGUCGGCCUUUUACGAGCAGGUCUGAGUGCUAGGUGUAGUGGAUACAGAUUUGUUACAAUCUAAUUUUAAGCAAAUUUUAUAACUAUAUCAGGAAAAAAUAAUGUCUGUCAUUGUAAUAAUAUUAUUGUUAUAUCGCCGUAGUCUUAUUAGUAUCUAGCGAUCUCAAAAUUUCGCUUCAUUAUCAGUAUGACUGAAUUUUAGAAUAAAAAUUCGAUAUACAUUUACGUUUGUUAUACAUAUAAUGUGAAUAAUAAUAUUAUUGUGUUUUUGGUUAAAGUAAAAAAAUGUGACAAAGUAAAAUGAAGUUAAAUAUUUAAAAAUAUUGUAAAAUAUACUAUAUCAAUUUAUAAGAGAAAUCAUACAUUACAAUGAUUUACAUAGUUUUUUCUUCAAAAUUAAUGUCGAUUGGAAUUUUGUGAAAGUUGAUCAUGUUCGGUUGUCCUGUUUCAUUGAAUAUGAUAAGUUCCAUGAAUAAGUCUUUUGAAGGUUUGGUCUAUAUAAGUUAAUAUCCAACAUAUUAUUUUGAAAUAUUUAAUACAUUCAAACAAUUCAGAGAUUAAUAAAAUUGUUCCAAUUUGUUUUUACAUAGAUGGGCAGUAUUUUUGUAAACUUAUUAAGAAAAAUCUACAAAUUGUAAUUAUACUGGAAAUUAAAAUAUUGACUGAGAUUGCCAAAGAAUUUCCCGAAUGAUUAUGAUGUUGAUGUAAUAAAUUGAUAUUGCCAAUAAUGAAGUAAAACAUUCAAUUAUA